CUGAAACUGUGCAGCCAGGAAAGACGCAGGAGCCUUCCUGGAGAAUAUUACUGGCUGGACUAGAACACAUCUUUAACCCCCAGAUGCUUGCGUUUUGGCUUGGAUAUUUGUUGAAUGAGCUAAGGGACUGUUCGGGUUUUUUUUUUUUUUUUUGGUUUUUGUUUCCACUUUCUUGAUGAAAGGAUUGAGGGAGCAGAUGAUUUUAGGUGGAGAGAAAAAAUACUCCCCCACAAAGGCGCACACAUAAACACUCCAGUGGCUUGAUGGUGGUGAAGAUACUGUUCUCUUCGAUCUCUAAACGGCUUGCUGUUCGAAAAAGGAAUAUAGCUAAAAAAAAAAACAGACGGGUCGAGGUUGACAUCAAGGAAGAGGAGCUAGAAAAAUCUUACAAAAAGUCUUUUGCAAUAAGGGUUUGAGGGAAGACAAAGGCUGUAGAUGGAGUCUUGUGUCAGCUUGUGUGUAAUGGACGUUUAGAGCUCGCCAAACCACAAUUCGCAGGAAUUAUUACUAAGAUAUUGGUUAACUUUUGUGCAAGACAACAAAGAAGAUCACGUAUGAAGUGCCAUCUGGCCCCAUAUGGACUGGAUCCCAAAGACGACGAAUACCAAGGGCACAUUACGCUCUCUUUGUCUGUGUAACAAAGCACCUUGUGCAUAUUCACAUCAGCGGUGCCAAAGAGGGAUUGAAAUCUUUUGUUCUUCGAUGCUGACAUCAUAAAAGUGGGAUGAAUGGAGGAAUAAUUGAACUAUAAUCAAGACAGCACACCCUGUCAUUUGAAGAGCUGCUUUUUAGACCCGUCUGACCUACGGGAAGAACGUCAGGAAAAUUGUCGGGAAUAAGUCAACCCGGAAUCAAGCUUUCACUUGUGUCCUCCAGCCCCCGCAUUGCCUGUUUCAGACAAGCAGUGAGUUCGCAGCAGCAGCGCUUGGAGUCAGAUUACAUGCAACCAUUCCAAUGGUGUAACGGCUGCCUCUGUGGUCUAGGGCUGCAGCAUUCAGACUGUGAUAUGUCAGAGGAAGACAUCUACCGUUUGCCGCUCAACGUGUACGUCAUUGUACUGGGCAUAGGCAUGUUCAUCUUCAUGCUCAGUGUAAUCUUCUGCUGCUAUCUGUUCAGAUUGAAACAGCAAGGUACAAGGGAGCAGUACAGCUACAAUGAGGUGGUGUUGAAAGGUGCAGGAAAGAAGCUGAGCCUGCUGGGACAGCCCUGUGCCGUGUGUCUAGAGGAAUUCAAGACCAGAGACGAGCUGGGCGUCUGCCCGUGUUCACACACCUUCCAUAAGAAGUGCCUGCUGAAAUGGCUAGAGAUCCGCAGCGUCUGCCCAAUGUGCAAUAAACCCAUCAUGCGUCUCCACAAUGCUGACACCCCGCGAGGAGCCGAGGGGCUGCAAGACCCCGAGGAAGUGUGACCCCAGAAAUUGUACGGCCCACGGCCAGAUUAACACCCUCUAGUUCUGCGAUUGUUGGAACAGAUCAUGUGACCUGCCUAGGCUCUCCAAAGCCAUCUAUAUGCACCGCCACAGCGGACCGGAGUCAAGACAAACCAGGAUGACACUAGUGAUUCAGUAUAUUGCCAGUAGACAAACAUAAGAAUAAUCUCCUAUAUAUCGUGCCACAAAAAUCUUUAAAGUAGAAUCGUGCCGAGGUUCUAAAGCGAGAGACACACUGUGCAUGCUGGGUAACAAGAUCAAAACGAGAGGUAAAUAUCUCAGGAGUUUGCCUCAGGGGAUCCAAGCAGGCAACAAAAGAAAACAUUAAACUUCGGCAAUUAAACUUCUGCUGUCGUUGGACAGCCGUAUAUAUGUAAUAAUAGGGUUGUAGGUGUAAUGCACUGUCUGUUG